UUCUUUAAUGUUCACUGAAUGAAUGGACAACACUGGGAGAGAGGAAGUGCAAAUUUGAUCACAAUUUACAUUCUUUUUACAAGCCUUUAAAGGUUUACAGAGCACUUCCUUCAUAUCCCUUGGAGGUAGGAGUGGCAGUAUAGUUAGCCCCAUUUUGUAGAUGGGAAAAAUGAGUCUCAGUAACAUUUGUGGAGGGUAAAUUGUAUCCAGAGUUGGAAUAAUAAUGAGUUUAUAUGCAUUUUAAAAAAAUUUUAAUAGCCUUUUAUUUACAGGUUAUAUGGAUGGGUAACUUUACAGCAUUGACAAUUGCCAAGCCUCUUGUUCCAAUUUUUCCCCUCCCCCCCUCACCCAGAUUACCAUCUAGAUAGUAGAUGAUCAGUAGAUGUUAAAUAUAUUAAAAUAUAAAUUAGAUACACAAUAAGUGUACAUGACCAAACCGUUAUUUUUAUGCAUAUUUUCUUAACCCUUAUAUAGGUUACUACAAGGAUCAGGAGAUUAUACUGAGUUGGAAGGGACCUCAGAGAUGAUUUCCAACAUCCUCAUUUUCUAAGUACCGAAACUGAACUAGAUGAGAUUUACCUAUAUUCACACAGAUAUUAUGUAGCAAAGUCGAGAUUGGGUUUUACUAAGGAGUUUUCUACUCCAUCAGUGUCUUCUGCAUUAUUCCUAUUGUAAACUCAUUGAAAGUAGGAAUCCUUUCAUUCUUUGCAUAUAUAUUCUGAGCACCUAGCACGAUGCCUGUACCAUAGUAGGCGCCUGAUAAAUGCCUGUGGGUUGUCAAUCUGCUCGAAGAAACCAAGUGAUUUAAUCAAUCAUUUACAGGAAUUAUCUUUAGUAAAAUUCGAAUUCUGCUCUUACCGGAUUCCCAAAAACUGUUUCUCCUACGCUAGAGAUAAGGGUGAUUGAUUUAAUGUGAUUUAUUAUUAGUCUAAGCUUAAUAUAGCUUGAUAUUUAUGUGUGUAUAUAUACAUACAUACAUAUGUGUGUGUGUGCUUUAAAAAGCCCAUCCGGGUGAGGGGGCCAGCCUUUCCCACUGCAGGCGCGCGUACCUCCCAUCGCCACCCCGCUGACCCCACCUCUCCCCCAGCCUCCUCCCUUCAGAGCCCGGAGUCCGUCCACAGCUGAGCAGCCGCCGUGUUUGUGUCUUUAAAGCGGCUCACCCGGUGCCUUGCUUUACACUGCGAUGUGGGCGUGGUAAAAAAAAAAAAUCGCGUUGGAAACCCGGGGCAAAAGCAGUUUCCUGCCUUUUUAGAGCCCCAAACAGCUGGGUUGUUUUUUUGGAAAGUGUCUCUGUGUGUGUGAGCGAGACAGAGACAGGCACACAGACAGCGCGAGCCGACCGUGGCCGUGGCCGUGGGUCUGCGCGAGCCUCUGGCGGCAGCUGUGAGCAGAACGGGCUGGGACGCGGCGCGCUCAGCGCCCCUCAGCCGCAGCAGGGAAGGUUCAAGCCGCGGCCCGGGUAGUGGGCUUGCUCUGGACGUGCUAAAAGGCGGCAGAGCCUUGGGGCUGCUCAGACCUUCACCCCGACAGCUCCCGGGGGCCGCUCCAGGCCGCCGACUGCGAGUGGAUCGUGACUGGUGAAUGCCCCUGGCCGGGGGCUACGGCAGAUACAGCCCCCCUCGGGUGCCUGGGCGAAGAUGAGCGGCGGUGGGGAGGUGGUGUGUGCCGGCUGGCUGAGGAAGUCACCCCCGGAGAAGAAGUUGAGGCGCUAUGCGUGGAAGAAACGUUGGUUCGUUCUUCGCAGUGGGAGGAUGAGUGGGGACCCAGACGUGCUGGAAUAUUACAAAAAUGACCAUUCCAAGAAGCCCUUGAGGGUCAUCAACCUCAGUUUCUGUGAGCAGGUGGAUGCAGGCCUGACUUUCAACAAGAAGGAGCUCCAGGAAAGUUUUGUGUUUGACAUCAAGACCAGUGAUCGCACCUUCUACCUGGUAGCUGAGACGGAAGAAGAAAUGAACAAGUGGGUGCAGAGCAUCUGCCAGAUCUGUGGCUUCAACCAGUCGGAUGAGAAUGCAGACUCUCUGAGAAAUCUUCCCUCUGUUGGUCAUGGUCCCCGCUCCUCCCCAGCAGAACUCAACAGCUCCAACCCACACCUGCUUCGAGAGCGCAAAUCCUCGGCCCCCUCGCAUUCCAGCCAGCCAACUUUGUUCACUUUUGAAGCCCCAGCAAACCACACGCAGACCACCUUGUCCACCAGUGCCCCCCAGGACUAUCUCUUUCUGCACCAAUGCAUAAGCCGAAGAGCAGAGAAUACAAGGAGCGCCAGCUUCUCCCAGGGCACCAGGGCUUCCUUCUUCAUGAGGAGUGACACGGCUGUGCAGAAGCUUGCCCAGGGGAACGGGCACUGCAUGAAUGGCGUCAGUGGCCAAGUGCACGGCUUCUACAGCCUGCCCAAGCCCAAUCGGCACAACUCGGAGUUCCGGGACAGCGCCUACGACCUCCCUCAGAGCCUGGCCUCCCACCCCGCCAGCCACACCAAGGGCAGCCUCACCGGCUCCGAGACAGACAACGAUGAGGUGUACACCUUCAAGACCCCCAACAACACCCUGUGUAGGGAGUUUGGGGACCUCCUGCUGGACAACGUCGGCCCCGGGACCCCCCUCUCAGCCUACCAGAUCCCCAGGACGUUCACACUGGACAAGAACCAUAAUGCCCUGGCAGUAGGGCCCUCUGGGGACCCCUCGGUGGCUCCCCCGCCUCGGCCCCCCAAGCCAGGCCAGGCAGAGACUCCCCGCUGGGGCAGCCCCCAGCAGCGGACCCAGAACGGAGAGAGCGGCCGGGUGGUCUCCGUGGCAGCCACCAUCCCUCGACGGAACACUCUCCCAGCGGUGGACAACAGUCGUCUCCACCGAGCCUCUUCCUGUGAGACAUAUGAGUAUCCACAAGGUGGCCAGUCUUCAGAAUCUGUCAAUGAUGGAUUUAACUCCUUUAUGACAGGGAAAGCCGCCAUGGGACACACAGACAGCUCCAACUCAGAAGACAAUUAUGUGCCCAUGAACCCUGGGUCCUCCUCCCUGCUGGCCAUGGAGAGAGCUAAUGACAAUUCUCAGAGUGUCUACAUUCCCAUGAGCCCUGGGCCUCAUCACUUUGACCACCUCAGCUUCUCCUCUUCUGCUUUGCCCGUCCAUCGGGGGCCAGGGCGGGGGAGUGAGAUCCAACCUCCUCCCGUCAACCGAAAUCUCAAACCUGAUAGGAAAGCAAAGCCGACUCCUCUGGACUUGAGAAACAACACCGUCAUCGAUGAGCUUCCCUUUAAGUCCCCGGUCACGAAGUCUUGGUCUAGGGCAAUUCACACCUUCAAUGCUAGCUCUUCCCAGUCCUGCCGUCCCGUCUCCACUCAGAGCAUCACCAGCACCGAUUCAGGGGACAGCGAGGAGAAUUAUGUCCCCAUGCAAAAUCCUGUGUCAGCAUCCCCUGUUCCCAGUGGCACAAACAGUCCUGCUCCCAAGAAAAGUACAGGCAGUGUGGACUACUUAGCCUUGGAUUUCCAGCCAAGCUCGCCCAGCCCCCACCGAAAGCCAUCUACAUCAUCCAUCACAUCAGAUGAAAAAGUGGAUUACGUGCAAGUGGACAAGGAGAAGACCCAGGCCUUGCAAAGCACCAUGCAAGAGUGGACAGAUGUCCGGCAGUCCUCAGAGCCCAGCAAAGGGGGCAAGCUGUGAAGGGCAAGGCAAGCCCUGAACCCAGGGAAGGGGUCUCCCUGUAGCCGACUUCUUCCUGCCUCCCUUCUCCCUUCCUUGGGGUCCCUGGACUGCUCCUUGGGCCCAGCCUUUUUGACUCUUUCUCCUGAGGCCAAAAUAGGGGAGGAAGCGCGCUUGAGGGGAUGGAUAAAGCCGUCUCUCUGACCUCUGGGCACCAGCUCAGGACCACACCUUUGAGCAAUACUGAAAAUGCCCAGAAUCUACCUGCCCUUGCCUUUCUCCUUCCCAAGCUUUCGCUGAAAAGUCUCUGCCUCUGUCUCUAGUUCCCUAUUUCUAGGAUUUUCCUCUGAGCCAGGGUUGGCUGUCCUGGGGAUCCAGAAUUCAGAGCCCCCAACUCACUCUGUCACAGCCUCCUGCUCCCUGACUUCUGGCCUCUCUUAGUCUUGACAUAAUGUGUUUAAGACUCUACCCACCUGUCCCUAUAGGCUGGGACACAUUUUCCAGGAAAGAAGAAAUGGGGAGCCUUGGUUAGAGGUGUCUUUCUUACUAGGGGACUCUUGCCUUCUCUGUUUGGGGAAUCCCCAGAAGCAGGGAGAUCCCCUUCCCCAGGUCCAGGGCCUGCCUGUCUUGGCCAAGGAGGCUGGUUCUAAGAGUAGGAAAAUCCCAGCAGCAGGGAGCAGGGAUUCGGCUGAUAUUUGCAAUGUCCCACCUCCAGAGGAGCUGCUUCCAGCAACCCAGGAUGGGGAGAAGCAGAAUAGACCAAGGGGGACAAAAGAUCAAGACCAAGAUAUCAAGCACCUGGAUGCUGUGGACAUUAAAACUAUGGACUUGGGAGAUUUGAUGAGUGUACCGAGGCCCCUGCUGGAAUGGAGAAUCCCUGCUCAGCAGGAAGCUGCACCCACAGGCGGCUUGGGGCUAGAGUUAACGGGGUUCCUUUGUACACUUUGGAGGGUGGGACUCUGGGGGAUGGAGUGGACAUACUGUAGGCAAGAGGACAGACCCAGUAUUUGGAUGUCCGUAGUGUUAGAAGGGAACUGGCUUCCCACUGGAGUGUGCAGCCGUGGGAGGAAGAAUGUAGUGAAGGGAAUGAGGCUGAUGAAAUGUAGGAAGUGGGUAAGGGAAGGAAAGCUUUUGGAGGUUAAUGAAGAAUCUGAGGUACUUUAUGGGAGUGGAUUAAUAGGGAUGGAGGGUGAUGUCACAUGCUCAGUUAAAAUGCACCAGGUGUGUUUUUGUUAAUGUAAUGUUGAUGCUAUGUGAAUGGGAGAACUCCAUUGGGGAAAGGAGAUCAUGGAAGAAAUGCAGCAACGGAGACAAUGAAUGUUACAUGGAGAAGAGGAAAUGCAGAUAGGACUGAUGUUGUGUAUGUAAGGGAGAUGUGGGGUUUGUAGGAGUAAUUCUGUACAGGAGAUCUGUACAGGUUUCAAAGAUUGGGAUGAAAUCUAUUUCAAGGUCAAGCUGGGUAUUUUCCCUGUGUCCCUAUUCAGAAGAGGGCAAAAAUUCUCAAAACCAAGCCCAGAUUUUUUUUUUUGUCAGGGGGGAAAAGGAAGUCUUCUGGAUACAUGUCAAAAAAUGGAAGACCUUAGGAACUAA